AUGACGCGACUAAGAGGCAGAGCCUCUUUGAUGAUCAUUGUAAUGAUCAGUUUUACCCUGUUAAUUGUUAUUUAUCACAUUCUCGGUAAUGAGGUCAAGGACAUUGAGUCCAAUAAAUUAAAUCCCCGAUUUAAGAUCGAAGAAGUUUAUCCAUUGAGUGAUCUCACGGAGAAUCCUCUUAGUAUUGCCAGGAAGCAGCAAAUAGAGGCUCACAUAAUGGGAAGAUUAAAAAGCAGCGAGGAAAAGUUGUUCAAUGACUUGAAUUAUGAAAGAUCGCACGCAGAAACAGUUCCCUUGUUUAAGGGUCAUAAAAUUGUUCAUUUAGAUCUUAAAGGUGGCCCCCCAAAGGCAAGUUAUUAUAAGUACCUGCUACAUUUGCUCAAAAAACUAGGUGCCACUGGUAUACUUAUAGAAUACGAGGAUAUGUUUCCCUUUGAAGGAAUAAUACAAAAUAUCAGUGCAGGUAAUUGUUAUACCAAACGGGAUAUCACUAAUAUUCAAAAAAUAGCCAGCGAGAACAAGCUCAUAGUCAUACCAUUGAUUCAAACUUUUGGUCAUAUGGAAUUUGUCCUUAAGUUAGAUCAAUAUAAAGACUAUAGAGAGGUCUCUAAAUAUCCACAAGUUUUAUGUCCCACUUACAACAAAACUUUGCCACUGAUAUAUGAAAUGAUAGACCAAAUAAUAGAGGCGCAUCCUGACAUAAAGCACCUGCACAUCGGUGCUGAUGAAGUGUAUCAAAUAGGAGAAUGCUCUAGAUGCUUAGACAUGAUGGUUAAAAGACAAUGGGGAAAGAAACAGUUAUUCCUGGAUCAUGUUUCAAAAGUGGCAAAUUAUAUAAAAACCAAGUACCCAGAACUUACUGUUCUCAUGUGGGAUGAUGAAUUCAGAGAAAUAUCAUCAGAAGAAAUAAUUGACAGAGGCUUGCAUUUAAUGGUAGAGCCUGUUGUUUGGAAAUACACCACUGAUCCUGGAGCAUCGUUGACAGAUCAAUUAUGGGAAAGUUACUCAUCAAUUUGGAAGAAUAUUUGGGUCGCUACUGCCUUUAAAGGUGCCACUGCUCCAGACAGGUUUUACACUGAUAUUGGAUAUCAUAUGGAGAACCAUCAACGUUGGUUAGAAAUCAUUAAUAAAUAUUCUACACAAAUUACAUUUAAGGGUGCAAUCUUAACAGGAUGGCAAAGAUACGAUCACUUCAGUGUACUCUGUGAACUUCUACCUUCUGCCAUACCCUCACUUGCUGUAAAUCUAGCCAUUUUGCAAGCUCCAGAUUUAUGUAGAUUUCCGGUAGAAGUACCUACGUCAGUAUUACAAGCACUACAGUGCGAGGGCAUCAUUUCUCUAAGUAUUCCGGAACCUCAAUAUGGUUGGACCAAAUGUAGUUAUCACGGUGUAUCUAUUUAUGCUGCUACAUUGCGGCUGUAUUCUUUGACUCAAGAAGUCAGUAAAAUGGAACAAGAUAACACAUUUAAGGGAUGGUUAAAACCAUACAAUAUAAAAUACUCCUUUUCAAAUCCUAGUUACGUAGAAAGAGCAGUUGCUGAACUGGAUAGACACAAGAUGGAGAUAAUGUAUAUUGAGAAAGAGAUGAGAACAGCUAUGGAAAGCAUAUAUGACAAUUACACUAUACAAGAGUGGAUAGAAACGUAUAUUGCUCCUUUGAAUGAGAAGUUCAUUCAACUAUGGGAGGCUAAAGAGAAGAUUCUAGAAAAGAAUGUAUGGCCAAGAAGACCGUUAACGAAACCUGUCUUAUAG